GCCUUUUCCAAAACAAACAUUCAUUCCCCUAAUUCCGUGUUCUAAGUUUCUGCUAAUCGAUUGGAGCAAUCACUAAAUCAGUGUUGCAAUGGAGGAAGCUCAGCGCUGGACCGUAACGUACACCAACCACGUUAAGCAGAAGCGGAAACUUUAUCGCGACGGUUUUCUAGUGCUUCAAUUAUCGCACAAAAAGUUCAUGCUGUAUGAUGAAUGGGACAAGCUAUUGGAAACUAAGUUUGUGAAGAAAGAUGAUCUCAUCACAUCUGGUGAAACUAUCACAUUUGGUUCUUACCUUGUCGACCUUGGUGAGCUAUGUCAAGGCCAUCGACCUACAUCUAUUUUGAACCAUCAAGAUCAGGAUGAGAAAGUUGCAGAAACAUCUAAUUCAUAUUACAGCUACAAUUCCCAAAAUAGGAAGCCUAUGGCGGGGAAAAGAAAAGGACCAGUAGUUAACAUAAGCCCAUCACAGAAAAUGAUUAGAGAUUUCAAGAAAAGUGAAGUGAAUAAGUUUGGUUCGUCGCCAAAUUGUACAGAUAUGACAAAACUGAGUACAAAAGACUGGCAGGUCUUGUACACAACACAAAUAACACAAAAGGCAAAGAAAUUUCAUGAUGGCUUUCUUCAACUUAUAAUUCGUGGAUCACAAGGGAGGCAGGUUAAGUUGUAUGAUACAAACAGAAGACACUUAGAUGGCAGAUUUCUGAAAAAGGAUGAAAAAAUUUGUUCUGGUGAAUCACUAGUUUUGGAUGGUCAUUUAGUAGAGAUAGGAGAGCAGGAAGAAGAUCAAAAGCCUCCAACUGACUUAAACAUCCUAGGAAAAAGCUGCGGAGUAGCUGGAAAAAGGGAUGUCGUUGAUUGCCGAACCAAAAUCCCAACUAUUACGAAAUUUCAUGCUGUUAAAAAAGCAGGUGGUAACUCUCAAGGGGAACUUACUAAAUUAAGUGAUCCAAGCUACAAGUCUGAAAAUGCCAAAUUAAGUGGGGGAGAAGCUGAACCUAAACGUUCUGUCCAUGAUAUAUUGUCCAGUCUCAGACAACCAAGUAAGCAGACGGCUGUCUCUGUGAAUAAGCCUUUCACUGAGGAGAACUGUGUCAGAUUCUCCGGAGUUUCUGUCUGUACCAAUAAUCAUAGUGGAACGGAAAGAGAGGAAUUGAGACAAAAAGGAUCAGAGCAUGAUAGCAUGAUUAAUAAGGUUAUAAAAUCUGAAGCUGUUGAAGUAAUAAAAAAUGAAGAGUGUGAAAUUCCAGAAGAUGGAAUAGUACCUCAAGCUAGAUCUUCUAACUUUCAUCUCAGACCACGAACAGAAAACUUUAAAUCUCCUAUCCAUGAUGUACAUUCUUCAUCUAUGGAGUCUCAUGCGGAAGAAGCUGCUGCAGUGAAUACUGCUAGCCAAAAGGAAGUCGAAUAUGAAUCUCUCACCAGAACAUAUAAUAAUCAAGAACUGGAAAUCAUAUUUCCAUGUGAAGAGGUUGUAACUGGAUCAAAUGCUGCACAAGAAAAUGGUUCGAGCUCCAGUAAAUCACCUGAGGAAGACAAGAAGGGAAGCAGUUCUAGAUGCAAUAAUGAUCUCAAAGAGACAAGUCUCGAGACAAAGGAUAUGGAUGAGAUCCCAAGUUUUGAUCUUGGAUUUUGAGAGGAACCUUGACAGAAUUGUGUUCCAUAGAGCUUGAUAUCUUAUCAUCAUAAUCCUCUAUACAAUCGUUACUGAUGAAGCAUACUGAUAUUUGGC